AUGGUCAAAGGACGUCAUUCAAAACGCAAAGGGAAUUUCCACAUUAUUUUACGUAAUGCUUCGCUGUUACAAAGACAGAAACUUGACAAAUCAAGGUCAACUGGAUCGUUGCUCGAAAGUCGCCGUCAGCCAUGCGUUUUACUUUCGUUUGCAAAACUCUUUCUCUUGUGUAUCGUAUUUAGCCCGAAAUUAGACUAUACCAAAAAAAAGACCAAGAUUCUUAAGCUUCAUCAAUCCUUUGGAACUGCAACUAUUCUUACAAUCUUUCAUUUACAUGGCUCAAGAAGUGUUGCUGCUCAAAAUUUCAUUCUAUUUCAUGAUUAUUUACAUUAA